AUAGCCACCACUGAGAGUCCCUCCACCACAGUCUCCACAGCCUCCACUGAGAGUCCUUCCACCACAGUCCCUACAGCCUCUACUGAGAGUCCUUCCACUACAAUCUCCACAGCCUCCACUGAGAAUCCCUCCACUACAGUCUCUACAGCCUCUUCUGAGAGUCCUUCCACCACAGUCUCUACAGCCUCUACUGAGAGUUCUUCCACUGCAGUCUCCACAGCCUCCACUGAGAAUCCCUCCACCACAGUCUCUACAGCCUCUACUGAGAGUUCGUCCACUACAGUCUCCACAGCCUCCACUGAGAGUCCCUCCACCACAGUCUCUACAUCCUCUACUGAGAGUUCUUCCACGGCAGUUUCCACAGCCUCCACUGAGAAUCACUCCACCACUGUCUCUACAGCCUCUACAGUGAGUCGUCCCACUACAGUCUCCACAGCCUCAACUGAGAUUCCCUCCACCACAGUCUCUAUAGCCUCCACUGAGAAUCCCUCCAACACAGCCUCUACAGCCUCUUCAGAGACCUCUACUGAGAGUCCUUCCACUACAAUCUCCACAGCCUCCACUGAGAGUCCCUCCACCACAAUCUCUACAGCCUCUACUGAGAGUUCUUCCACUACAGUCUCCACAGCCUCCACUGAGAAUCCCUCCACCACAGUCUCUACAUCUUCUACUGAGAUUCCUUCCACUACAGUCUCCACAGCCUCCACUGAGAAUCCCUCCACCACAGUCUCUACAGUCUCCACAGCCUCCACUGAGAAUCCCUCCACCACAGUCUCUACUGCCUCUACUGUGAGUCCUUCCACUACAGUCUCCACAGCCUCCACUGAGAAUCCCUCCACCACAGUCUCUACAGCCUCCACUAAGAGUCCUUCCACCGCAAUCUCCACUGCCUCCACUGAGAGUCCCUCCAGUCCCACCUCUACAACUGCUUCUCCUGUGACCACUACACCAAUCGUCUGUCUCAAUGGAGGCCAGCUGGAGGGAAACACCUGCCAGUGCCCCCAGGGCUACAAAGGGGACCGGUGCCAGUACCUGGUGGCAGGGCCAUCCUGCCAGAAUGGAGGCUCCUGGGACGGGAUCAAGUGUGUGUGCACCAGCCACUUCUUCGGGCGAUGGUGCGAGGAGGUGGUCCAGAACAUCGAGCUGGAACACCCACCAGAAACGAUCAGUGCCAGUGUGGAGGUGAGUGUGACGGUGCAGAACAAGCAGUUCUCCGAUGACCUCAGAAACCAUUCUUCUCAGGCAUUCAAGGAAUUCCAGAAGAAAUUCACGGAUCAGAUGGACCAACUUUACAAGGGCAUCAAAGAGUACAAGGGAGUAAAAAUCCUAAGUCUGACCCAGGGCAGCGUGGUGGUGGAGCACGAGAUCAUCCUGGAGACCAGCUUCACGACCAACUACAAGGACGUCCUGCAGAACGUCACGCAGGAGGUGACACAAAAGAUCUUGAAUGAGACCAACGAAGGAAAUGGGAGCUGCACAGGAGGGAGACUGUGCUUCAGGCCGAACGCCACCACGGUGGAGAAGAACAUCACACUGACCUACGACCCUGAAAGGGAGUGCGAGCAGAAGGCAGGGGAGCAGCUGGCCAGGUUCUUCUUCGUGGAGUACCAGGCCAGCCGGCCCUACUGCAUCAGCAGGUGUUCAUCCGGGUUCAGCAGCUCUUUGAACUGUAACUACGGCAAAUGCCAACUGGACCUGGCCCUCGGCCCCCGAUGCUACUGCCUGACCACGGACACACACUGGUACAGCGGGGCAAUGUGUGAGCACGGCACGCAGAAGAGCCUGGUGUAUGGCCUGGUAGGGGCGGCAGGUGUGGCCGUGCUGGUCCUGCUGGUGGCCCUGGGCACCUUCGCACUGCUGUCCAGGAGAAGAGUACAGAGGCAGGCGGCCCGGGAGAGCCGGAUGAACCAGUGGCAGGAGGAGGAGGGCAGGUCGGCCACUGGGUCUUUCCAGAAUGCUGGCUUUGAUGCCUCUGAAGACCAGGAGAACUACAUCCCCAUGGACUCCAUCUACAGUACCUUUCAGCCCUCCCUGGGCAACAUCAGCUCCACCUCUCUGAUCAAGAUCCGGAGGCCCCAACUGAAGUCUCAGCCGCAGACGUGACCCUGUAAGGGGCAGAUGGUCACCCCCGUGGGGGGUGGUGGUGGUGGAAGAGAAGCCCCGAGCCCAACUGAGCUUGGCGGAAGCUUCCCCCGCUAGAACAUUCCUCUGGGUUCUGAAGAGAAACAGUGCGUGUGGGUGGCAGUCACCAGUCACGGAGAAGGAAGAGAGACUCCCAGACCUGCCGCAGCCGCAGCCGCAGCCGCUGGACAGGCCCUCAGGGCGUGGCUCUUCUGGAAGGUUCUUCCUCCCCUGCGGUGGUUCAGCACUCGGGACAGCUUCCCAAAGCCUCACACACGUGGCCUUUCUUGUGUGUGCGGAAGGCUGAUUAUUUCACAGCCUUAUCUGCAUCCACAGGUUCUGGUUUGUUGCUGUUAUUGUUGUUGGUUGCUAAUUAGCUCAGAAAUAAAAGCAGUUUUGUACGUUUUUCAUGA